AUGGUCGUAACUAGAAGCGUGAAGGCGAAGCCUUCGAUUUCAGUAGAUGCACCUAAACCGAAGAAAAUAAAAUUUCUGGACGACAGUUUCAAUGACACCGAAUUCCUUACCGCAGAUGAAGCUGGUGAAAAGAUAAAAGAUGAUGAAGUGGAAGGUGAAGGUGAAUAUCUGGAUCUGGAUCUGGAUCUGGACUCUGAUGAGGCUCCAGAAGAAGAAUCUACCUCUCAGGCCAAGGAGUUAAUAAUAAAAAGACAGAAGGAACAAAAGGAACUAGAACUAGUUCAGAAAAGAGAGGAAAAGGAAAGAAGAAGAAAGCAGGAUCUUUUACACAGCGAGCAACAGAAGUUGAAAAAGCAGGAGCAAGAAACUAAAGCUGAAGAUGGGGAAUUACCUGACUUCUUACCGGAAGAUAUUUUUGAUUCCAUAGAUCAAGAAGAAGAACAAGAUGAUGAAGACAUUGAACAGUCUACUAAGGGUAAGCAUUUGAAGUUGUCCGAUUUCGAAGAUAUGGACAAGAGAGAGUUGGCCAAACAAAUCAAAGAAGAGAAGCUCAGGCAGUUGAAGUUAAAGAAAAGACUUCUGAUUAAAAAGGGCCCAGUGCAUGUGAAUGUGACAUCUGCCGCUGCUCGCCAGAUUAACAAGAAACUUGUACCAGUCGCUGAGAGUAAAGUUGUGAACUCGAGAAGCAAGUGGCUCAAGAGAAAAUCGCUUGGAAAGAAAUAA